AUGAAGACCUUCUUCGUCCACGCCAUCCUGGCGGCCACAGCCUGGGCUGCCCCCGAGCUUGUCGCCAGGGGUCAGUCUUGUAAGUGCUUCCCCGGCGAUGCUUGCUGGCCUUCCACGGCUCAGUGGAAUGCCCUGAACACGACUGUCUCUGGCAGGCUCAUUGCCACGACUCCUCUCGGCUCGCCGUGCCACGACCCGACCUACGAUGCUGCCAAGUGCGCCGACCUUCAGUCGAAGUGGCAAUUCUCGGAGAUCCACAUGGACUCGUCCUCCUCUGUCAUGGCGCCCUUUUUCGCCAACCAGAGCUGCGACCCUUUCCAGCCUCGCGAGCGCCCAUGCACUCUUGGCAACUACGUUGUCUAUGCCGUUGACGCUCGCACGCCUGGUGAUAUCCAAGCCGCCAUCAUAUUUGCUAAGAAGUUUAACAUCCGUUUCGUCGUUCGCAACACGGGUCACGACUACAAUGGCCGUUCCACUGGUGCUGGCGCAAUCUCCGUUUGGGUUCACAAUAUGAAAGGCGCCAAGGUCGUCGACUGGGCCGACAAGAACUACCAGGGCAAGGCACUCACCGUCGCUGCCGGCGUCCAGGGCUUUGAGGUUAUGGAGGCUGCCAACGCCGCUGGCCUUGCCGUCGUUGGCGGUGAGUGCCCCACCGUCAGUCUUGCCGGAGGCUAUACUCAGGGCGGGGGCCACUCAGCCCUAUCGACUAGCUUCGGUCUCAGCGCCGAUAACGUUCUCGAGUGGGAGCUUGUCACCGCCGAUGCCAAGGUCGUCAAGGCCAGCCGUACCGUCAACGCGGACCUCUACUGGGCUCUGUCCGGUGGUGGUGGCGGCAACUGGGGCGUUGUCACCUCAGCCACCGUCAAGGCGCACCCUGAUGCUGUCUUCGGCGGCGCCACCGUCGCCUUCUUUGCUGCCGAGAACGAUGCGACUGCCUUCUACAAGGCUAUCGAUGCAUUCCACGAGGAGCUUGCCGCCAUGGUCGAUGCUGGUACCAUGGUUGUCUACUACUUUGCGGCCGCCUUCUUCCAGAUCGCACCUAUCAACGCCUACAACAAGACCGAGGAGGAGGUCCGCGCCAUCCUCGCUCCCUUCCUCGCUCGUCUCGACGGUCUCGGCAUCAAGUACACGUCCGCCUACUCCGAGUUUGCUGGUUACCGCGAUCACUACAACAAAUACUUCGGCCCCCUGCCUAUUGGCAACAUCCAGGUCGGCAUUGCUCAGUAUGGUGGCCGUCUGAUCCCCCGUGCGUCGAUCACCAACAUCACAUCCUACACGCGCCUGAUUGGUAACACUGAGGGUGCCAUCUUCAUUGGCGUUGGUACCGAUGUCUCGUCCUUCGGUUCCAAGAUUCAGAACUCGGUGGUCCCCGCCUGGCGCAAGACACUAGUCCACGCCACCAUCACGACGCCCUGGAGCUUCCAGGCGCCUUGGGCCGACAUGAUUGCCAACCAAAACCUCAUGACCAACAAGCUCAUCCCCGCUAUUGAGAAGCUUACCCCUGGUGGCGGUGUGUAUCAGAACGAGGCCGACUUCCGUCAGCCUCGCUGGCAGCAGGAGUUCUUCGGUGCCAACUACAACAACCUCCUCUGCAUCAAGAAGGAACGCGAUCCCGAGGGCUUCUUCUAUGCCCUCAAUGGUGUCGGCAGCGAGGCGUGGACUGUCGCCAGCAACGGGCGUAUGUGCAGGGCUUAG